AUGAUACUGAUAACAGCUCCCCGUUUCACCACUUGCCCUCACCUUCUCCUCCGCCAUUCCGAUCAUUCUUCUUCUUCUCCUCUUCGCUACAAAUCGAUUAAUCGGAGCAAAAUUUCUCGUUCCAGAAGCGUCUCCGCUGCCUCCUCCUCCUCCUCUUCUUUGUUGCCGCAACCGCCGCUUCGUCCGGAUAAGGCGUCGGAACUGAGAGCUCUGUGGAAGCGAUUCUGGAAAGUCGCUGCUCCUUAUUGGUUUUCCGAGGAUAAAGAUUAG